GCCACCAGUCUGUGUGGCUCCUAAUGAACCUUGAACCUUCUCCCACACUGUUAGCCAUUUAAAAACCAAAGGCUCUCAAUGUUACAACCAAAUAAUCCCAUCCUCUACAAAGCCUAAAGAGGAGAGCCUAGAGUUUUUGUCUCAGUGAAGCUUCUCUGGUUUGUUCAAUGGCAACUUCAAUUUCUGCAACUGGGUUCCAAGGAAACUUGAGCUCCUCCUUCCAUGGAAGUUGGGGAAGUUCAAUUGCAGGUGAAGAUUAUAGCAUGCUAGCCAAGUCAGUAAAAACCCAAGUGAGAGUUGCAAAGCCAAGCAGAGCACAACCCAUGAUGAAGAACAUCAAUGAAGGAAAGGGACUCUUUGCACCAAUUGUAGUUGUUGCAAGAGACGUUAUUGGGAAGAAGCGGUUCAAUCAACUUAGGGGGAAGGCAAUUGCUUUGCACUCUCAGGUAAUCACCGAGUUCUGCAAAUCCAUAGGAGCUGAUGCAAAGCAAAGGCAAGGGCUGAUUCGGCUGGCAAAGAAGAAUGGAGAAAAGCUAGGAUUCCUUGCAUGAUACGUUAGAUGCAAAGCCUACAUUUUGUAUUGUCAACAUUAGAAAUUUGUUGUUAAUAGUUUGAGGACUUCCAGAUUCAUAUACUCGUCCUGCUCGGACUGAAUGUAAACUUUGAUGAUAGCUACUCCAUAUAUGCACUUGUCAUCAUAAUUCUUCAGUUUUAGUUGCAACAUUCUUUCAUCAAAUCAUCAAAUGGGUUCAGCAAGAGGUUACUUCUGGAAGUAACACUCGACUGGUACCACGACAUGUAGAAGAACAAGUUUGUAUGAAACUAGUAGUUGUGUUACUAGUAUGUAUAAUUAUUCUUUUCAUUCAGUUCCACUAGCAAUACUGAAAAGAAUCAGCAACCAAUUUCAUUCUCCA